AAACGUCACCAUAGGAGCUGAGAGUACCCUUGCCGAAAUUAAAGAUUUUCUCAAUGCUUAGUGUUUGCUGAGUUAUCUACAAAAACUCACGAACAACAUGCAAUCAUCCAGUGAAUGGGGUGAAGCCGGUGUACAGAUCCACAGCAUUGGCUACCUUCUUUUUUGUCCUUGCCAGUACCAUCCAGCCUUGUGAUGCAUCUUUGGAUGUAGUAGUGUGCCAGAUGGUUUAAAAAUCAAAGCAAAUUGCAACCAUGCUGACAAGAUGUUGCUGAAAUGUGCUAUAAUUUUCUGCACAUAUAGGGCAUUUUGGUAAUUGCAUGUACAUAUGCAUUUUUGCCCAUCAGGCUGAGCUUCUGUCAUGCCUGUGCAGUAGCUGAAACUGGUGCAACAAGCUUAAGAAGAAAUGCAGCACAUUUCGCUUAGCAAGCUCACCACAGAACAGAGGAACAUUCUGGUCACUGCUGAGAAGAAGCGGAUCUGUGAGCAGAGAGCACUUCAUAUUGUGGAGAUGCUACUUGAGCCUACCAUCGAGUCUGCAUGGCUUUUGCAACAGGUGAAAUUCAUCGAUCAGAACCAUUACCAAGAUGUAACAGAAGAGCGGUGUGUUACUGGCUGCUGUGGGUAUCCGCUUUGCUCAAGGAGUCUUGGCAAGAUACCCAAAAAGCAGUUCCAGAUCUCUACACUCACCAACCGAGUGUAUGACAUUUCAGAAAGAAAGAAAUUCUGCAGCAAUGCCUGCUUUCGAGCGUCUCGGCACUUGCACGCGCAGAUUCAGACCAGUCCGCUGUGGCUGCGGGACCACGAGCCGGCACCCAGCUUCACCCUCCUAGAUGAAGCGGCCAAUCGGCGGGGUGUGGCCGGUGACCCGGUGGACCUGGGCGUGGUGUGCGCGCCGGCCGAGGACGCGGCGCAGACCACCACCGACCAGGUGGUGACCGGCAUGCUGCACCAGUUCGACGAGCUCUCGGAGCGGAUCGGCGAGCUCGGCCUGAGGCCGGAGGAAGAGAGCGAGCGGCAGCCCGGCGGGGGGCGGGCCGACCGCGGCAAGGUGCGGUUCGGCACGCCCGCCGGUCGGACUGACGACCCGCCGCCUCCAGCACCGGCCGAGGUCGCGCCGGCUGACCAGGAGCCCGGGGAGAGCGGCGUCGCGGAGAGCCCCGCGGACGGACAGGCGGCCGAGGCGUCGCCG